UGAACAGGCUCACUGACUUGGUUGACACGUCAUCGUAUCCCAAAUGAGUAGAUCGAUGCUCAUGCUGUUGAUUAGCGUUAAAUCUCACCUCUGACUACAUCGAUAAUUUACAUAUUAUAGUAAACAGCGUUAAUCUCAUCACUGCCUAAAUCGAUCCAUUCGCGGUUUAGAAAAGAAAACUGAAAUUACAAUUUGCGGAUUACAAAGCACGGACCCAUUCAGUGUCAACGAUACGGCGGGUGUAUUUUAAAUGCGAAUUUACUGGCGUCAUAUCAGAUGAAUAAGCAGUCUACGAAAAUGUAUUGGCUGUUCCAGUCACGUGAUCAUUUCAGUGUCAGUAUAGCUAACGCCUUGAGCGCGCAUCGAGCACACAAAGUGGAAGGUAACGCACCUGUUCAAAUGAGUCCCGGAGUCUGAUCAUGAAGGUCGAAGAUGGAACAAGUUGGCAACCUUCAGAGGACUAUGUCACAGCAUGAAGAAGAAACUGUGCUGCUGUGCCUGGCCAGGAUAUCAGUUGGUGCCACCAGACGAGGACUGGGAGGACGAGGACCGCCUGACAGAAGAUGAAAGAAGGUCGUGUGUGUCAGAGAGGACCCUGUUCCUGGUGUCUCAACACGUGGGCGGGGGUUUCCAGAUGCUGGGUCUGAGACUGGGGCUUCCGUACGUCAGUGUGGAGAGGUGCACGCUGUCACAGUCAUCGCCUCAAAUGCAGAUAUUCGUCAUGCUGAACACGUGGAGACAGCGGAAGGGAAGACGGGCAACUGUUGAAGUCCUUGUUCAAGCCCUGUCUGACAGCAUGUCGGUCUGCACGGUGGACAUGCCUCAUGUCUACAGGGUGAUCCGUGAAAUGUAACAAUGUGUGUCACCAUAUAGAUCUACGUACAGCAAGCAGCUCUCUGGGACUCAUGACAUACUUAAAUUUAUUUCAAGUUCACUGCAGUUUUGCGAGAUGUUGUUGAGAAGUAUCAGUAAUAUUUCAGUAAUGUCGAUGUGUCCCUCCCAUGAUGUCUUGGACUCCGUGUAAACGUGGUUUAUGUUAUGAAGGUGUUGACCUAAUAAAGUCUUACAAUGUU